AUGCCUCCGAAAACUAGCGGAAAAGCGGCCAAAAAGGCGGGCAAGGCCCAAAAAAACAUUUCCAAGACUGACAAGAAGAAGAAACGGAAGAGGAAGGAAAGUUACGCCAUCUACAUUUACAAGGUAUUGAAACAAGUGCAUCCCGAUACCGGUAUUUCUAGCAAAGCUAUGAGUAUCAUGAACAGUUUUGUGAAUGAUAUUUUCGAACGUAUCGCUGCUGAAGCGAGCAGACUGGCUCACUAUACUCACUACAAUAAACGUUCUACGAUUACUAGCAGGGAAAUUCAGACUGCGGUACGGCUUCUCUUACCUGGCGAGCUGGCUAAGCACGCAGUCAGCGAAGGUACCAAAGCAGUCACCAAGUACACUAGUUCAAAAUGAAGUGGAACACAUACGUUCUAACCCAAUAGGUUCUUUUCAGAACCACUAAUUAGUACUUCCUGAUAAUUAGAAACUGGUCUGUUGCUAUUUUCCUUAGAUUUGGUCGGAAAAAUGCUCCGCUGUAUGUAAGUUUAUUUCCUUCGGUCUAACACUAUCUGACAUUAAACAAAA